UCUUCUUGCUCUACAAAUAUCAUCAUCAUCUCACUCUCUGUCUAAAACCAGUGUCACCAUUUUUUUAGAGAGAGAAAGCUUCUAACUCGCCAUCGCCAAAUCCUCUCUCUUUCUCUCUCUCACACUUUCUCUCUCCUAAAUUUUUGAAUGUUUGAGUUGAGUUGAUUGUAUAAUGGAAUUCAGCUUUUCAUCACCUGAUUUUUCCGUAAAUUGUUCACACUCUUUGUUAUUUGUUGCUGAUUCUUCUCCUAGAAUUUCUCACUCUUGUUCUUGUUCUUCUUCUUCAAUUCCAGAAUCUUCGCCGAAAUCGCGUGAUUCUCUAACUGAUAAUUGAUGACUGAAGAUUAGUGUGAUUAUUUUUUAUGUUUUUUUAAUUGUGCCUGUAAAUCGGGGGAUUAAUUGUACUAAUAAUUCAAAAAAUAACAAAAAUCAGUAGAAAUGAUGAUGAUGAGUGCAUCUUUGCCGUUGUUUACUGCUGCUACUGUCUCAUCUUCCAUGGCUGCGAUUUCAUCAAGGAGUUGUUUCAAUGAUUUUUGGAAUUUUAGGUGCUCUGAUGAUAAGGCUGGCUAUCUUUCGAAUGUAAAUGGGAUGAAGAUAUCAUUCUUGACAUCACUGAUGAUGGCAACAGCCCGGCACCCAAGAAACAGGAGGUUUAGCACCAAUUGUCCUAAUACCAUAGCAGCUGCUUCGGCUUCUCCACUUUUCAAUGGUCAAGUGACGAGCGAUUCUUAUGGACCUAAUUUUUAUAAGGAUGCUCUCAAGGCUGCAAGAGAGAAGUUUACUGAGGAGAUAUCUUUUCAGUCAAAGGACAAAGAUAUCUCCCUUGCAAAGGCUCUUCUGUAUGUUGCUGCUGAAGAUGAAGCAUUUAUGGCAUUUAACAGAGAGAUGGAUGCUCGUUCUGUUUUGAAUGAAAGGAAAGAUGUUCCAAUAGCAGCCAAUGACCAUGAAGGGGAUUGUUUGGAGCUUAUGCCUCUUGCUGGAAAGAGUUUAACAGAGUGGCUGAAUGAAUUGGAUGCUAUUGCUAGAGAAGUUGAGGCCGAGUUAGUUUCAAGAGAUAUAGGCUGCCAUUUGGUUGAAGUUAUAGAGGCUGUAAAUGUAGUCCUGUUUGAAUCUAGAUGCUUCAAGAGGGUAUCAAUAGCUGUGGAGCCGAAGUGUUCUUACUUGCAUGGGGUUCUGAGUUCUGGAAAUGGCAGUGCUAUAUUGCUGAGCAUUAUAUACAUAGAAGUCUGUAAGAGACUUGGUUUGACCAUGUUGGGAUCUCGUGUUGGAGAGGACUUUUUAAUAUGGCCCCAAACCGAAAACCCAGAGGAGCUCUUCAAAGUAACUUCGGGGCAUAGUUUGUUUGCCAUAGUUAAUGGGAGGUGUGUGGAAGAUCCAAGAUCAAUGGCCUCAGACCUAAACAGCAAUUCACUUCUAAGUCUUGAUGUUGUUACGAACCGUGAUGUUAUUGGGAUUGCUUUGGCAAAUUUGAUUAGGCUGCAUUGGAAACGUGCUUCAAGAUCAAGUCAUGGGUUGAUGCUAACAUCAGCUUUAAGGCUUGUUCAUGAUGCUGACAGGAGGUUUGCGAAGAUAGAUGGAUCAAAUCAUCCGUUGUUGCGUCCUCGAGAUUUGAGGUUGGCAAUUGCGGCUUCAGAAAGGCUAUUAAUCUUACAACCUCAUAACUGGUCUUUAAGGAGAGACCAUGGGCUGAUGUUGUACUAUAAUAGGCAAUAUGGAGAAGCAGUCCAAGAGUUGAGUAUUUGUAUGGCCUUUGCACCAGAGGAAGAGGCAGCUCUCUUGGAACCAUUUGUCGAGAGACUUCACCUUAUGCGUCUAGAGUCAUCCUGGAAAUCUUUGGGACAUGCAGGUCAAUUGACUGCCCUUUGAUUUGUGUACAUAUAUUUAACUGUUAGUCUCCUUGGACUCUUCAGCAUAAAACGAAAAUUUGGAACGAUCAAGUCUACAGUUCAAGCGUACGAGCUCACCUAUUCAACCCAUAUGACCAUUUAGAUGUAUCAAAUAGAAUCGAUUCAGUGGAUAAGUGCGAAGAUGAUAUGUUAUAUUCAUGUCUACUUCAUCAAUUGUGAUCGUUUUUUGCAAUUGCAUUUUUAUGGAAUUGUUCGGUUAGUCCUUGAGAUGAUUUAGAGCUGACUAGUGACUUCUGAAGCUGGAAUGGAAGGACAAGCAUAUUAAACGAAAUCUCCUUGUAGUCUGUUGCACCGUUAUUCCUCAUUUUUGAUGGUGGUGGUUGAUUAGAUCUAUUCAAGCCAUAUGCUCGUAUCAUAUUAGAAUAGAUCAGAUCUCCAUUGUUAUUACUACUGUGAAUAUUCUUAAUACUAUAAUGUACGCUUAAAAUGAUAAAAUUUAAUCUUCACAA